UAGUUAUUAAUAUUUCAUGUUUGCAGUGAUCAGUAUUCAGUUUGUGGAGGUUUGGCUCAGUUCUGCUGCUCUUGCAUAGGAUUCUGCAGUAAAAUACAUUAGAGAACCAGUUAAAUAUAGUAGAUGGAUUCAUCCCAGUCAGUGUUACAGUGGCACCUAAUAUUAAUGGGAAAUGUUUUUCGUAUUGCCAUCAGUCUCAGCUUUGACAUAUCUGAAAUAUAUUGAUGAUAAUUAGCGAUAAUGUAGUUUAGUUUAAAUUAGGAUUUAACAGCAACAGCAAACUCUCCCUCAAAUAAGGAAAAUAAACUCUAGCCCAGUGGUCUGGCUUCAGGACCAUCACCCUUAAUGACAAGCUGUAACCCAGAUUGAGGAAACUUCUCAAAUGCAAUUUAUAAUACAAUAAGGCUGGCAUGACUAUCAGAAGAUUUCAUCAACAUUUUUCUAAAUGUAAUUAUUUUUAACAGUUAACUCAGUUGGUGUUUCCAUAUAAAAUACAUCCACUGAAAUUAUCUAGCUGAGAAUACUCACUAAAUCUGUGAAACUGCAUUAUGGAUAAAUUUCAUAUUCUUCGAUUGGUAGUGAUAGCUCAGCGUCGGCCUCGGAAGGCAUAGAUCUGCGGUUCAAUCCCACGCCUCGGCAUCAGGUGUGUCUUUGAACGAGACACUUUGCACUAGUCCCCGAGCGCUGCUCAUGUGGCAGCUCACUACUCCCUCAAGGGGGGAUGGGUGGGUCAAAGUGCAGAGAAUAAUUUCCCCAAUGUGGAAUCAGUAAAGUUUGAUUAUUAUUAUAUUACACAGUACACAUGCAGAGAAACGCACAGCUGCGGACGUAUGAGGUGGAACAGGAACGCAGCAGUAAGGACACGUUGGGCGUGUAUAUGGCAAGAAGUGCUCCGUACCUAAGUGGCAGCGGUUAGGUCAGCUUAGGCAUGUGCACUGGCAAGGAGGUGAAUCGGGAGGAGCACAACAGCAAGCGAGCAGAGAGGAUUUGUUCUAUGCAAACAAACAGCGAGUGCUAGCUACCAUUACAGGCCAUAAUCGCCACCUACAGCUGAGAGUAUAGACGACCGAAAAAAAAUGUCUGGCAAAGCCCGGCGGCCCACUGAAAGCAGCUUCGCCACUCACCAUUUGAGAAUCACUGCUCUAGCAGAACCACGUUCAGUGUGGGCAACCAUCUGCUUCGACCGGUUGGGAUAAGGGGAAUAAUAAUAAGGAAUCACAAGCAUUCUGCUUGUGUGUGAAAUCGUAGCUUGAAGCAGUUGUGACGAGACCACACAGGUUAAUGUUCUGUUUGGGUUUAAAUCCUUGUUUCACACUGUGCAAUAGACCAAAGUUGCACUGUUGUGGUAUUUAGUAGCUCUGAGGUCAGUGUGCAGACAACAUGACAUUAUUUCCUGUAACAGUUGAGUCAUUUUACACAGCUCAGUAUUAACGCAUGAAAACAGAAUUAGAUGGUGAAUGUGAUUUAGAACAAUGAGGCUAAUUCUGCAACCACUUCAACAGUGGUUGUUAUUCUGGUUGUGGCGACGUCACCAACUCUCUGUCCUGGGAUCAGCAGCCCGAGUCUUGAGCAAACAGCUAAAUUCUGUGCUCCUUUCAAAUUUGGUUUGUGUUCUUUACUAUAAGCAGGACAGUAACCAGAGCUUCAUGUGGGAUUACCAGAUGUGUUGGAUCCAGUUGUCAGAGACUGUUCCAGGCAUCCAGGAGUCACUUCUGCUAAUCUGCUGUAAAGAGGAGCUGCCAUGUUGGCCUCCUCCAUUCCUCUGUCAUUGUUCUUUUUCCUGCUUCUCCACACCCCUCCCUCCUGUCCUGCUGAUGUCAUUGUGACCCCUGACCAAUCUGUGACAUGGGUGAAACUUCAAGGUGCCCCUCUCUCUCAUCUGCUGCUGGAUCCAGAGAAGAAGCAUCUGUAUGUGGGUGGGGUCGACCACCUGUACCAGGUGACAUCGGACCUGAAGGUCAUAUCACAUGUGAUAACUGGUCCUUACUUGGACUCCCCCGACUGCCUCCCACCAAUUGUUUCUCAGGACUGCCCCUCAGCCUCGCCCACUCACAACCAUAACAAACUGCUGCUGAUGGAAAGAGGCCAGGGGGCAGAACCAGGCAGCCUGAUUGCCUGUGGGUCCUUGUUUCAAGGCAUCUGUGACAAAAGGAGCCUGUCGAACAUCUCCCAGCUUGUCUAUCAGACGUCAAACCCUGUGGACACUCAGUAUGUUGCUGCCAAUGAUCCGCGUGUUUCCACAGUGGGCGUGAUAAUAACCACGCACAACAAACAGGAAGUGGGCGGCGAGCUGCGUCUGUUGCUGGUUGGUCGAGGCUACACCAGUAAAGGUCCUGGUGAUAUCCCACCAAUCACAACAAGGCGCCUUUACCCGGUGAUCCCACCACGUCGAGCAUUCUCCCAGGAGGAGGAGCUGGGAAAACUGGUUGUAGGAAGUUACUCUGAGUAUAACAACCACUUUGUGAAGGCUGUCACCCAUGGCGACUUUGUCUACUUCCUGUUUUAUCGUCGGGACAUGUGGCACAAAAAGGAGUAUCGGACCUAUGCUUCUCGACUCUGCACCUCAGACCGAAGUUUCUACUCAUAUGUGGAAGUGCCGCUGCUGUGCCACGGUGGCUACAACCUGGCUCAGGGGGCGUGGUUAGGGAGCCACUCUGGUAAAGCUACCUUGUUUGUUGUCAUGGCAGCGGGACAGGCAUCUACACCUGUAGCCACAAGUCGAUCUGCACUGUGUGCUUAUGGGAUGGUGGAGCUGGAUGCAGUGCUACGCCGAGCACAGGAGCUGUGUUACACAGAGGGAGGACGGGGAAGUGGUGGACAGGAAGAGGCCUACAUUGAAUAUGCUGUGUCAUCCAAAUGUCUGAAACUGCCAAAGGUUUCUCUCUCUGAGUACACGUGUGGUGGGGAGCAUACCCCUAACCCCAUCGCCAGCGCUGUGCCGCUCCAGGCUACACCAACCUUCACCUCCACCACCCAGCUGAGCGCUGUCACCACAGCAACAGAAGCGGGACACACCAUCGCCUUCCUUGGAAACCGAGAGGGAUACCUGCACAAGGUGCUGGUAGGCGCUGAUGGGUCUGGUGACCACUAUGGCACCGUGUCAGUCGACCCUGGGAGUGUUGUCAGUGCCGAUCUCCUGUUGGACCCAGGCCAGCAGAAUGUUUAUGUUUUAACCAACAGCAGGCUGUCAAAGGUUCCUGUCUCGCUAUGUGACAGACAGACAGACUGUGGGUCCUGUCUGUCUGUCAGAGACCCGUACUGUGGCUGGUGUGUCCUGGAGGGAAGAUGUUCCCGUAAACAUCAGUGUCAGCGCUACUUGCAGCCCAACCAAUGGCUCUGGAGCUUUGACCCUAAUAGCCAGUGUGUGAAGGUGCAGAGUCUGCAGCCGGCCAAUCACAGCAAAGAUGAGCAGACACAGGUAACGAUCUUAGUUGUCCAGCUUCCCACCCUCACUAAAGUGGAGUCCCUGUCCUGUGCCUUUGGACUGCUCCCACCUGAACCUGCCAUUAUCAUGGCAAACAGCAUUACCUGUCAGUCACCAGCUCCAGAACUCCUCCCACCUAUUCCAACAGGAAAUGAUAACAUGAUCCUCCCUGUGUCUCUGAUGUUUGGUCAGGUGAUCAUCACCACAGGAAACAUGACUUUCUACGACUGUGGUGGCGUAAGCAGAUUGAACAAGAGUUCCCAGUGUCUGGCGUGUGUCAGCAGCAAGUGGACUUGUAACUGGUGUCCUCUGGAUCAGCUCUGCACUCACAAUCACAGCUGUCCCAACCAGCACAUCAUCCUCAACCAGAGAGAGUCUCCUGUUCCUACUUCCUGUCCUCUGGUCUUCGCUCUGCAGAGUUCGAUCUUAGUCCCAAUGGGUCUGCAAACUACUGUGGUUUUACUGGGACGAAACCUGGACAUCUACACUGACCAAGCUCCUUACAGCUGUGUCGUGGAAAUUCAGCAAGUAGAGUUUAACCUGACAGCAUCUGUGGAAAGAAGAGACGACAACACACACACUUUCACCUGUAGCCCCCACCAGUUUCGCUUUGCAGUCAGUCAGCUCCAGUAUUCAGCAGCUGUCUACUUGCGUAAAGGAGAAAGACGCAUUGAUGCCUCAUCUGAUCUCAGACUCCAGCUUUAUGAUUGCCAGGCGGGGCAGUCAGACUGCUCCCAGUGCAGGGCAGUACCUGAGGAGUAUGGAUGUGUAUGGUGUCCAGGAAACCCCGCCCCAAGCUGUGUUUACAACCAAUCCUGCAUAAGUAUACCUGCAGACACCUGUCCGCCUCCUCAGAUCAGAGAGGUGAUGCCCAUCUCUGGACCUCUGGAAGGAGGCAUCUUGGUGACCAUCAUAGGUACAAACCUUGGGAUGAGGUACCAGGAUGUGCUGAGUGGAAUCAGCGUGGCAGGUGUUCAAUGUCUUGUCCAACCCAAAGGCUACCAGAUCUCCACCAAGGUUGUGUGUGAGCUGCAGCCCAGUGGGACAUAUAUGGACGGACCUGUUAGAGUUUCCAUAGGGAAGAUUCCCCCAGGCAGGUCGACCCAGACAUUCGUCUAUCAGGACCCUUGCCUCCUGUAUCUGGUUCCUGAUAAAGGUCCAGUUUCUGGAGGAACAAGACUGACCAUUAGAGGACGGCAGCUGCUGACAGGACAAAUGUCUGACCUGAAGGCCUUUGUGGGUUCCCAGCCUUGCUACAUUGUGGAGGAGGUACAUGACAACCAGUUAGUGUGUGAAACUGGUUCCAGUAACCAGACUGGUGGAGUUCCAAUUCGGGUUUUCUUUGGCAAGGCUGAGCGAACCAUUCCCAACACCACCUUUCGUUACCUUGAUGACCCAGUCAUAACCGAGGCCAUGCCAGCUGAGAGCUUUUAUGCCGGUGGACGUGCUGUCAUGGUGACUGGCAGCAACCUGGAUGUAGUGCAGCAGCCACUUUUAGUGGUAUGGGUGGAACCACUUGAAGUUCAGAGGGUUAAACGAAGAAGACGAUUAGCUCUGCUCACAUCUAAGCAGCAGCUGGUCUUUAACAACGCCAUGACAAUGAUGUCAGAACGCUGUUUAGUCCUGUCGUCCUCUCAGAUGAGCUGUCUGACCCCCACAGUGACCCCAGACUUCAAAGUUAAAGGGGUUUGGUUUCAACUAGACAAUGUCAGAGUCCACUAUGAGGGCAUUCAGGGAAAGAGCUUCACCUACUAUCCCAAUCCAGAGCUUUUCCGUCUGAAUCGGGAAGCUCCAGAUGUCCCGUACCGAUUUAAACCAGGAGGAGUCAUUGCUGUAGAGGGCCAGGAUUUGACCAGAGCAAUGUCCAGAAAGGAAGUGAAGGCCCAGCUUGGGGAUCAGGAGUGUGAGGUGAAAACUCUGGACAACACCCACCUGUACUGCGAACCUCCGGAGCUCCAGCCAAUGAGUGUCGAUGAUACUAACAAGUUGCCAAGCCUUAAGGUGAUCAUGGGAAACCUGCAGGUGAACCUAGGACUGGUAGAGUAUGACAGUAACUCUUUGCUGUCACCUGUCCCAUUGGCAGCUCAGAUUGGUUUAGGGGCAGGAGCAGCCAUCAUCAUCCUGUCAGUGUUGAUCGUCAUCCUCAUGUACAGGAGGAAAAGUAAACAGGCUCUCAAAGAUUAUAAAAAGGUUCUGCUGCAGUUGGAAACUCUUGAAAUCAAUGUGGGAGAUCAGUGUCGCAAAGAGUUCACUGACCUAAUGACAGAGAUGAUGGAUCUGAGCAGUGAUGUUGGGGGACCAGGACUCCCCCUGCUGGACUCGAAGACAUAUGCAGAGAGGGUGUUCUUCCCCGGGCAGCAGACACCACCACUGAGCCGCCAGCUGGACCUGCCAGAGUCCAGGAGGCAAACGGUGGAGCAGGGCCUGCAGCAGCUCAACAACCUGCUCAACAACAGACUGUUCCUCACAAGGGUAUGUGCUGCAGCUGUCUGAUUCAGCUGUCUGUAGCCUUAGCUUGAGUUUCCCACUAUUACACAGCUGUUAUUCAAUCACCAUGGCAACAGUUAUAGCAGGGCUCAGUGGAGAUUAUCAGUCAUCCAGGUGGAACAGUCUGAACGUUGAGUCAUGUCAAUUGGAUUUCCUCUUUUCUGGUGAAAUCAGUCUAAAAGAAGCCUCCUAGAUUGGUGGUGAAAUGUUUCUACUGAAAUCCAGUUGACAUUCAAUUAAUUUCAAUUGAAUUUUAUUUAUGUAGCGCCAAAGCACAACAAGAUUGUCUCAAGGCACUUUACAAGGUAAGGUUUAAGACCUUACACAACUAAACCCAACAGAUCCCACAUACAGCAAACCUUUAAUUACAAUUUCACAGCAACAGUGGAAAGGAAAAACUCCCCCUCUAACGUGGAAGAAACCUCCAGCAGAACCAGGCUAAAUGUGGGCAGCCAUCUGCCUUGAUCGGUUUGGGGGAGGGGAUAGAGAGAGAGAAAAACACAGCAAGAACAAACAAGCAACAACAGAUCACAGGCAGGGUGGUUGGGCCAGAGACUGGACACAGGCAGGAUGGUUGGACCAGAGACUGGACACAGGCAGGAUGGUUGG